GUGUUCACCACGUUACAUGAAUGACAGCGUACUGCACUACUGUGACAAUUAACACACAAUUCAACCAUAACUUAGAAGAAAUAACGAGAAAACACACACAGCUGUACCGUGGACCCGCUGUGCAUUAUGGGCACGCGGCUCCUCCCCACGUGUCUCGUGUGGAGAGUCAACAUGGUAACGUUAGCGACAGACUUCAGCUGACUUCACUGCUGCCUCCACUCUCUGCGCACCACGCUUCAGGACGGGCCACACACGGAUGAGGAUAGCUGAAACUGUUUUUUUGGGUUGGAUCUCUGAGAUCUGCUGCCGCUCCUCUCCUGUUUCAUCUCCUCUCCCCUCCUUGAUCUGUUUACAUCAAUAUGGCCAGCGGGGAUGACGACGACCCCAUUAUAGAAGAGAUUGAUGUGUACCUUGCCAAAAGCCUUGCAGAUAAGCUGUAUCUUUUCCAGUACCCUGUCAGACCAUCCACCAUGACCUAUGACGACGUCAACCACUUAGCGGCUAAGAUCAAACCCAAGCAGCAAAGGGUUGAGUUGGAAAUGGCCAUCAACACAUUGAGUCCAAACUACUGUCGCAGCAAAGGAGAGCAGAUCGCUCUGAACGUGGACGGCACGGCUUAUGACGAAACCAACACCUAUUCAGCGAAAAUGAUGGAUAAACAGUCCUUCUCCUCCAUCCAGGCCACCACCAACACCUCCAGAUAUGCUGCUGCUGUGUUUCGCAAAGGUGAGCUUCACGUCACACCUCUGACGGGAAUCCUUCAGAUGAGACCGAGCUUCUCUUACCUGGACAAGGCUGACAACAAAACCAGAGAGAGGGAGGCGGCCAAUGAAGGUGGAGAUUCCUCACAGGACGAAGCUGAGGACGACGUCAAGGCCAUCACGGUGAGGUUCGCUCGUCCCGAGUCAGAGCAGGCUCGGCAGAGGAGGAUCCAGUCGUACGAGUUCCUCCAGAAGAAGCAGGCAGAGGAGCCCUGGGUUCACCUGCACUACCACGGCGUCAAGGAUGGGCGCUCCGAGCAUGAAAGGCAGUACCUGUUCUGCCAGUCAGUGGACGCCUCAGAGAACUCUGAACUGGUCAAAACUCCAAAGGAGUAUCUGGCGAUGUUGAUGCCUCCAAUUGCAGAGGAAAAAGUUGUGAAGCCUGUCGGUCCCAGUAAUGUGCUCUCCAUGGCUCAGCUCCGCACUCUGCCCCUCGGGGACCAAGUCAAGACCCUGAUGAAGAACGUCAAGGUGAUGCCGUUCGCUAACCUGAUGGGCCUGCUGGCCUCUGGCACCGACUCGACCUCAGCACUGCGCUGCAUCCAACAGGUGGCGCUGCUGGUUCAGGGGAACUGGGUUGUCAAGAGUGAUGUUCUGUAUCCUAAAAACACAUGCAGUCCUCACAGUGGCGUCCCUGCUGAAGUGCUCUGUCGUGGCAGAGACUUUGUGAUGUGGAGGUUCACUUUGGAGCGCUCUGUGAUGAGAAAGGAGAUUACGUCCAUCAUCAAACUUCCUCCAGAGGAUGUGAAGGAGUUCCUGGAGCAUGUUGCAGCACCUCGAGUGAACCGGGGCUGGGAGUUCCUGUUGCCUACUGAUGCAGAGUUCAUUAAGAAACACCCAGAUGUCGCCCACAGGCAGCACAUGCUGUGGCUUGGCAUUCAGAGCAAGUUGGAAAAGGUCUUUAACUUCUCUAAAGAAGACUUCAUGCCAAAGAAUUCCCCUCAGCCUGAGCCAGUCCAUAUCAGUGGGGAGCAGCGACUGAAGAUGGCUCAGGAGCGUGCAAAAGAAAAACAGCCAUCCCUACAGAAGGACCUGGAUGCCAAACGGGCGGGAAGCAGCGUCCACGUGAAACAAGAACCCGUCAGCGACCGGGAAGACGAACCUAUGGACACCUCCUCUCCCCCGUCGUCCUCCUCUGUCCCCAAUGGUUCUAUUAAUGGUUACCCCUGUGCCACCUCCCCCGGCUUCGAUCACACUAACGGUAACGGAGGGAGUCCCGCCAACACGUCGUCCCUGGAGCUGCAGGACUUUGUCAUAAAGACUUUCAGGAAGCAUUUUGUAUUGACGCUCAAUGAGUUUAAGAGGCUGUUUAACCUCCACCUGGCUUCCAUGCCGGUGGGACGAAGCGUCUUCCACUCCAUCUCGGACCACAUGCUACAGGACGCCAUACUGCUCAGCCAGUGCAAACAGAUAAUGGUGCCUUUUCCUGCUCAGAGCACAGCAGCCUCCGAUGAGCAGAAGGUGUUUGGUUUGUGGGAGACCGGAGAGGAAUUCGACAAGCACCGUCGGCUGCUGUACGAUCUGUUCACGAAGAACUACCGGGUCAGGAGGAACAUGAUACAAGCCAAACUGGCACAGGAGUUCGGAGACGCCUCUAAAGCGGAUGUUGACCGGCUGCUCAAUGAGUGCUGCAGCAGCUACGCGGGGAUGUGGUACCUCAAGGGAACGAUACAGUCCUGACACUGAGAUUCUGCCCCCUGCGGUCACCGUCAGCCAAUCAAAUCCUCUCCCAGGUGUCCAGUGGGAGGGCAGUCAGACAGAUGAGAGCCAAUCACAGCUCGCCCAGCUCUAAAAGGUGGGGGGCGAUUGGUGAACAAAGAUGUCAGCCGUCUGCUUUGCUCAGAACAUGAAGCUUUUCUCGUUUCAGCUGAAGCAUUUCUGACAUUAACGUGAGCACUCUGACGCAGCACGGAGGAUAGAAACGCCUCACAUACUCACACUAAGAGCUGGAGUGUCUGAGGGGGAAAUAUCAAUAUUAAAGAUGAAGAAAUAGUAAGAUAUAUUUACGGUUUACCAGUAGAUUUUUGGAUUUUGAGACUUCACGUUUGAUUAUUUUUGAAUUAAACUUUUACAGGAUCAGGAUGGCUCAAAGUGUUUCGGUUUUACUCCUGAUUAACCAGAGAAAACAUGUUUUGUGUCAACAGAACAAACAUUGUUUAAGGCCUUGUUGGUUAAAAAACCUGAUUUAUUUUACAGCUCUGACUAUCCGUUAAAUUGAGUAUUUAUUCCACCCUCAUUAUACGUAUGAAAGGGGUGAGCUAAGAGCACUUGAAGAGACGUUGCCAAAUUCACGAGUCAGAAAAGAUAAAACGAAAAAAAAAUCCUGAGGAUGCAAAAAGAAACAAAGAAUGUCGUUAUGCUCAUGUACAACUGUAAUCAUUUCACGUUUGCAGCAGUCGUGGACCUACAACGAAUGUGGAUUUUCCACAUUUCUGUAUUAUUCAGUCAAUUAUGUACUGAGAUCUAAAGUUAGAGAGAGUGGCUGAUGUUUUUUGUUUCUGGUUGAAUGUACUGCGCUUCAAGUGGGUUUUCUUUUAUGAGAGACUGAUUUUGAUGAUGGCCAAUAAAGAUGCAAUUUCCAAUACAUUUCUCAUAUUCUCAUCAUAAAUCUGUUGGACUCCCAUCGUACGAAUGAAGGGGAACGGAUGUGUUUGUGGACCAGAUCAUCAUCUGGGUGUGAUGGGGGAGUUGUUGCUAUGGAUACGCUGGUGUAUCGUCAUGUGCUGCUAUCUUGAGCCUCCAUCUAAAGUGCCUCUGCCUCACAAGGCAUUCAGGACAAACUCCCACUCAUUCAUAAACAGAACAACAACCACGAAAGUGGAAAUGUGAAUCAGUUGUCACAUUUCAGGUUAGAUUUUAGACAUACAUCAUCAAAUAAUGACAGCUGUGUUUUGGUUUCAUUGGUUUGUUGCUCAAUAAACAUUAAAUGUCAA